CCGUGCUCGCCCGUCCCGGCGCGCCGCUCGCCACGGCUGCCCGGCCCGCCGGGCCAUGGACUCGGACGCCAGCCUGGUUUCCAGCCGCCCGUCCUCCCCGGAGCCCGAUGACCUCUUCCUCACGGCCAGGAAUAAGGGCGGCGGCGGGGGCUUCACGGGCGGCACCGUGUCCAGCUCCACGCAGAGCGACUCCCCGCAGCUGAGCGCCGAGCUGCGCAGCGCCAUGAGCGCUGCGGGGGGUGGUGGUGGUGACAAGCUGGGCUUCAAGUCCUCGUCGUCGUCCUCGUCGUCGUCGUCCUCUUCCUUCAAGAAGGACAAGAAGCUGAUGACGGAGCCGGAGCUGCAGCAGCUGCGGCUGAAGAUCAACAGCCGGGAGCGCAAGCGGAUGCACGACCUGAACAUCGCCAUGGACGGGCUGCGGGAGGUGAUGCCCUACGCGCACGGCCCGUCCGUGCGCAAGCUCUCCAAGAUCGCCACGCUCCUCCUGGCGCGCAACUACAUCCUGAUGCUCACCAACUCCCUGGAGGAGAUGAAGCGCCUGGUCAGCGAGAUCUACGGCGGCCACCACGCCGGCUUCCACCCCGCCGCCUGCCCCGGCGGCAUGGGCGCGCACUCGGCGCCGCUGCCCGGCCACCCGGGCCACCCGGCCUCGCACCCCGUGCACCACCCCAUCCUGCCCCCCGCCGCCGUCUCCAGCGCCUCCCUGCCCGGCUCCGGCCUCUCGGCCGUCAGCUCCAUCCGGCCCCCGCACGGGCUCCUCAAGUCGCCCUCGGCCGCCGCCGCCGCCGCCGCCGCCGCCCCGCUGGGCAGCGGCUUCCAGCACUGGGGGGGGAUGCCGUGCCCCUGCAGCAUGUGCCAGGUGUCGCCCGCCGCCCACCACGUCUCCGGCAUGGGCACGGCCAGCCUGCCCAGAUAGCCACCGACACCAAAUGAGCCCCUCGGCCGGGCGGCCCCGCCGCGCCCCCGGCGCCCCCAGGACCUACGGACGCUCCCCGCCGGCGGCAGCGGCGCCGCCCCGCUCCGCUCCCGGAGGGGCGGCGGGAGGGGAUGGAGCCCGGCCCGGGGUCCGCCCCGCUCCCGGGAUACCCCCCCGGCCCGAGCGAAGCCCCGCGCACCCGCCGCGUUUUUAAUUUUCCCGACGAUGCCGCGAACUCCGGAGCAGGGGAGGGCGGCGGAGCCGGGGCUCGCCGCCGCCGAGGAACCAAAACUGCGGAGGGGCUUUGAAAACUCGUUUACCCGCUCGUUCGCUCCCUCCCUCCCCUCUGCCGGUCUCGGUUCCACACACAGAGCCUCCCGAGCCGCUCCCGGGGCGCAUCCCCCCGGACCGCCCGUCCCGGGGGGCUCCGGGGAGCCGCGGCCGGGGGUGCGGGCUCUGCGCCGCUCUCCCCGCUCCGGGGCUCUGCCGGGCUCUCUCCGCCGCGGGAUUUGUAAAUAGACCGAUAAGGACGCGAGUCCGCUCUGCCUGAGCUUUCCGUCCGUGCACUUGUUCUGUGUCAGCCUCAUGAGUGAAAAGGGGUCGGUUUGCCUUGGUUUCCUUCCUUUGGGUUCUUGGGGUUUGUUGGGUUGGUUUACUUUUAAGCGUAUAACACGUUUGUUUCGUUGUUUUUUGGUUUUGGUUUUUUUUUUGUUUGUUUUUUUGUUUGUUUUUUUUACGUUCCUGCCACCUUUAACAAAGUUUGAACUCUUUAAUGCUCUUUCUGUGUAGGAACUUUCACCCUGUCCGUGUUGCAAUACUGAGAACUUGGGCUUGUUUCUGAAAUAACAACUUUUCUUAUCGCUGCCCCUUGCAGAGAUUUUAUCAUCUGUUUAUUUUUGUAAAAAAAAAACCCACAAAAAAACCCAAAAAAACAAAAGAGAAAAAGAAAAAAAAAAAGUUGCUAAAUAAUAUUUAUUACUUGUUUGGUUGCAAAAAAAA